AUGCAAGUGAAUACAGAAGAUAUUACUGUCAAUUGGGGUCAACAACCUCAUCCUCUUGACUCAACGUAUGGAAAAUGGCGGAUUGCGGUCUUCCAAGAUCUACAGGAAUCGAUCGAUAUGGGCAAACUUUACUUCCUUGGAACCCGUAAAGGAUAUCCUGGUCUGGUGAUUUUUGACGUGAAUUUCAAAUGUUUUGCCGGUGAGAUCCCACUGCACGCUCAAGGAACGAUGAAAUUCCUUUUCGCGUUGAAAUGUCCAUCGCCUCAGGGUGGUUCUGCAUUUGUGCUUGUGACUGAAGAACAGAUCUACGGACAGAUUCGUCUUCAUGUAUUCCGUCUCGAUCUUGCGGGAGAUGGUCUAUCUGUUUCAAAUUGUCGUCCUCUUCUCGAUAACCCGCUUUCGAUCGGUGGAGAAUAUAUCUGUUCAAUGCGCGAAGAUGCUCCUGAAAUUGUUGUCAUGGCAAAUCCAGGAUUACAGGUGUGGCGCAUUAACGCUAUGGCCGAUUCACCACAGCCACCAACUGCGAACUUCACAGUGCAAGGUGCCGAUCUUACACAUUUCUAUGAUGGUUUCCUCAGCAAUGGAUCUGUACAUUUGCUGUCGUCUUCACCUGAUGGUCAUCUGGAUCAUUCUCGUAUUCACGUGCUUAAUUUGAAUAAGCCCGACAUUAUCACAACUCAUCAAUGCACUCCUGACCCUCAACGUGGAAUGCCAAUGCCAAGGAAGAAUUGUGGUAUCGACGGCGUUGCGAAUGCCAUUUUGUUGGCUGGCGGAGAAAUCGAUCAUGGGAAUUACAAUGUUCAACGUCUUGUCGAUUACUGGAUGUUAGACACGAGAACAUUCCAGUGGUUACAAAUUCCAGCACAGAUGCCAGCGCCACUCAUUGAGCCAAGACUUACCGCUUGCAAUUCAGGAAACAUCUACUUGUGGGGCGAUUUCGAUCAGCCAUUGCCAGGAAUGCCGGCUGGUGGCACUCAUCUACGCAUCAUGAAGGUCUCCGGUAUGGAUAAAGCCGGCCACCCUCCAUCCUAUUCUCAGACCAUUUCGCAGCCACCGGCCUAUCCUUCACUGGAACCGUCACCAUACCCUCAACCAGGUUCUGCUGCACCUCCGUAUCCUGCAUACAAUCCUGCGCAAUCCAAUCCGGGAUACGGUAUGCCGUCUCCUCAGAAUCCGGUGCAGCCAAGUCCAGGUUACGGUAUGCCGUCUCCUCAGAAUCCGGUGCAGCCAAGUCCAGGUUACGGUAUGCCGCAGAGUCAGCAGUAUGGAGGAGAUGGUGGCUAUGGAGGAGGUUAUGGUGACCAGGCGACAUCUGGUUUCCAGCAAGUGCCAGCAGGACCAAACCAAACAGCCUACUAUCCACCUCAAAAACCUAAGAAGGAUUGUUCCCUUCAGUAA